AUGUCUUUGCGGGGGCCCAUGCGGCGUUCGCAUCUGAGGCAAGUGAGUGCGGCGAGCUUGGACAGCAGCUCCACCCACUCAUUGGAGACAUCAAAUCGCGACCAUGAUCGCGAUCAAUCUACAGAUGAGCGGACUGCCAGAAUGUCUUCGUCAAGCUGGACCCGGCAGCAAUGUGCGCUCUGGGUGCACGAUGAGAUGUUUUCACGUGAAGAGAUCUUGCUAAAUCCGGCGGCUUUCGGCGAGAGUGGUGUGCGAGUUGGGGAUGUUGUCGAGAUUCUGCCCGCAAGGGCGUCCGGCGACACCGGCUAUUCAAAUCUGAAGCCAGAGGCAGCUCGUGAGAGCCAUGGCGAAAUAAAUGCGGCCACCCAGGUGGACAGCACCUCGAAAUUCAAGACCCCGCUUCAGAACCGCUGUCUAUUUGUGGUGAAGGCCCUCCCCCCGGAUAUCAAGGCUCGUCAUCCUCAGCUAGAAAUCUCAGUGACCAACAACAUUGCAAGCAUCUUCGGUUUCAAGAACAGAACGCAAGUGGUAUUAUCCAUUGUGGAUCGAGAACAAUGCGCGGCCUCCCAUGUCGACAUCGCGUUUCGUGACCAAUUUAUGGUCCGAUCCGACAUGUGGAGACUAGUCAUGUCUGAACUUUCAGAUAAAAUCAUCUACAAAGGUCAGAAAAUCACAUUCAUGGGGAGCCUUAAAGCCACUGUCAAGAACAUCUUUAUCCGGGAAAAGAAAUGCCUCUCAGGGUAUUUUUCUCCACGCACUAUCCCGAUUUUUCGAAGCGAGUCCGCCAAAUACGUCCUUUUCAUUCAAAUGUCAAAAGAGAUGUGGGCUUUUGAUUCUGAAGGGACUGGCGACAUUCUUUUCAGUCGUGUUAUCAACGGCUUCCUCCCAGAGCUGUUCAAGAGAUGGGCCAACUCCGAUGCAAAACAUCUGGUGACCAUCGUGCUGUUUACACGUGUUGAAUAUGAUAUGUCUCACCAGCCUACUCACUCAAAUCUCGGUACUGGGAACUUCAACAGCACAUCUGGCCCAAACAAAGUCCCAACACGAGACUUUUAUCGGGUGGUCGUGAAUGAUAUGGCCAGCGGCCAUUGGACAACUAUUUUAGACGAGCUGAAAAGGGAGUUUCGGACUUUCCUGCGAGAUGUCUCGAUUUCCAAAAUGGAUGAUCUUGAUCUUGCACCUGGCAGUGCAACCUCUUCCAAGCCGAACAUGGCGACCAUUUCCGGGCACCCCAGUUCGGCUCUUCGUGGAAACAUUCUCGAGGCUAUUCAUCUUGCCUCUGCUCACCUAGCUUAUGACCACAUCGACCGAGACAUGGUCCACACCAACACCUCAAUCAUCGUUAUCACCCCAGGUAGCGGUGUUUUUGAGGUCUCUUACGAGUCGUUGGCUUCUACAACAGAAGCACUCGCGAAUCGAGGCAUCGCAAUUGACUUGGUCUGUUUGAGCCCAAUGCCUCUCCAUUCUGUACCACUAUUCAAAUACCGGGAGCCAGUGAAGCAGCAAUCUGGGGAUCAAGGAGGGACUGGACCGGGUGAAGCUCACAGGGGCAGGAUGUCUCCCGAAAUACACCACUCCAUGUCAAGCCUCGUUAGCAAAUCGUCAUAUCUCUCGCCGAGCUCAUAUUUGUCCGCUACGAGGAUGAGGGAACGAGCGACGCCCCAAGCCAAAGACUGGAGCUUUGGAAUUCCUCAUUGGCUCGACAUUUCUUAUUGGAAUCCAGACGCCUACCGAGAAAACCGGCGAAUCUUGAAGAAAGGUCCGAAUGCGCCUAUCUCUCUUACUGUUACCCGGCCAGCCAAAGCAUUCACGCCCCGCGUGCGCAUGUAUGAGAUCCAAAUGAUGGGAGUCAUGGAGAGUGAACAAGCCAAUAUUUCAAUCCCCUAUCUUACUGAAUGGCGCGGCGGGGCAAGAGCGCGUUCUUGGCCUGGAUAUACUCCAGCUACUCGUGCUGCCCCUAAAGCCCGGUUCGCGGAAUCUUCAUCUUAUAAGGCACAAGGCAGUGAUAGUCCGCGCCCGAGAUCUUUCAUUCAAAAGGCCGCAGAGCAGCAUGACUCGCAGACUAAAGAUGUGCGGAGCUCACCCAAUGAGGUGAUGGCAUGGAUGGAUCAAUACGACGAACACGUCUUCAGCGUAUCCCCAAAGAAGCAGGUCCACAGAGCCUUAAAGCCAAAAAGACCUAGCGAAUCGGAAGUCCAGGCCGCUGGUGCUGGAGUUCACGAAAGGCUAUCUGCCCGCUCCAUCACGCGCCUGCGCCAUCAUGAAACCAAUCCGGCAGACGAGAAAGAUUCUUUGCACUAUGGGCCUCGAAGAAUUGAUUCAAAUAUGACCACACCAAGAAGCCCAAGCUCGGUCCAGAGCACGUCUCCCAUGAAGCCAGCUUUGAAAAAGGCGCCCGCCCCCAAGCCCUCUCGGAUUUCUAGGACCAUCAACUUCGCUCUUCGAGGUCUGAGUGCUACUCCUCCAAGGGCCUUGGCAAGCACAGGAGUCAAUGUGGAACAUGCUAGUGCUUUGCCAAUGACGAAACAGACAACCCCUGCCGGUUCGAUAUCUGAUGCAAGGAGUAUCACUUCUUUGAGCCCCUCAGAAUCAGCAUCGACUACAACUGUUUUAGAGGUAAUCUCGACGCCUUCUACGCCCACCAAGGCUUCCCAGACUCCGUCCAAACCAAUAUCCAUCAAGGCACCACCCAAAAAUCCACCAACGGAACCGGAGCAAACAGAACAUGCGGUUGCUGGCGGAUCAUUCCCCGCGGGGGCAACAGGGAAUGUUAUCGUUGGGAGCCAGGGGGCAGAUGCUCCGAACAGCCCCAAUAUUAAAUUCACGCUCAAUCCCAGUCCACGCGAGUCGCAAACGCGGCAUUCUCCGAGCAAAGCCCUGUCCCCGUGGGUCAGAUCGGUUAACCCAUGCAAUACCCCGAAAGACGUGCUGCGGGAUACCAGUUGGUUUGGGCGCUGGCAACAUGCGUAUCCUCGCCCUCCACAUGUGGCCGUAGUAAAGUGGAAAAGUCUGAAGUCUCCCGCGGUGCUUCCAUUGACGACCGAAGAAUUCCCGACCGCUAGUGAGCUUUCCUCGGACUACCUCCAAACGCCAUAUCGUGUCUUCCCCAAUGAAGAUUCCGAAGGCAUUGAAGCCCCGAAGACGCGUGGAGUACUUCUACGAGAAAUGAUCUCGCUACGCCUGUCACAUGGCUUCCAGAUUAUUGUUGGAAAACAUGUGGCCGAAGUGUCCGCGCAACCCGCACUUGAAACAUUGAAUGUCUUUGAUCACCAAGGUCUCGAGCGCGAUGGGCUCACAAUGUUCCUUUCCAAGGGCAACACGAUCCACCGACUUGUUUGCAUCCAAGGUGGCGAAAUUGAAGUGACCCGUUUCACGCACCAGAAUUCUGCGGUGCUCAUGUCUCCCAAGCAGCCAAACUCCACUAUCUACCGACCAGCCAUGAAGACAAUAUUGAGCCCGGAAUAUGAUGUGAAGGAGAUCAAGCUGGAUUCUACUGCCGAGGAGUACAACUGGAACUAUGCCGACAAUUAUGUGGCCGGUCACCGAGACUAUCUCCAGAACCCGGCGCAGCAGUUGCAUUUCUGGAGAGUCCGCUAUGUCUUGAUUCCGCUCCAACUUCAGGGCAAUUCGCGGCGGAACAUGCAGACUUCCCACGAGGAUAACGAGGAAGAAAUUCAUUUACUCGGAAUCAGCCAAUUGACCCAUAUCUGGCAAAAGCAUAGAUACGUCUCGCCUGAAGAGAAACUGUUCGAGACGUCAAAUCCCAAGCGAGACCAGAAUCCUCUGAAUAUCAUGUAUCAGACACGCAACCCAUCGGAAGUUGUUACAGCAGAGCUAGACCGGUUGUUGCUCACUGACCCAGGGCUUGACAAUGCUCCUGCUCAGCUUCUGCCCGAGUCGGAAUUGCUGGAUAGAUCCAGCAUUAGCCUUUCGACACUGGCGCAGAUAAUCCAAGGUGAAAAGGGUGUACGAAUGAUGGAUCGACGGUGGCAUUGGAGGUUACACUACAACUGCUUCAUCGGUUUCGAAUUCACCACCUGGUUAUUGCAGAAUAUACGCGACAUCGACACCCGCGAACAAGCCGUCAAAUUUGGCAACGAACUGAUCGACCAUGGCUUGUUUCAACACGUGGAGAAAAGACACAAUUUCCGAGAUGGCAACUAUUUCUAUCAAGUUUGUGCUGAGUAUCGUGUCAAUCGCCCCGAGUCUCGAGGUAGCUGGUUCCCUCAGCUCCGAACAGACAAAUCGAUGCCUUCGACGCCCGCCAUCGGCACCUCGAAGGACUCACCUAUCAGCCUCAAAGCUCGAUCGGAUAGCAUCGACGAGCGCAUGCCGCAGACACCCACUACUCCUUCCAAGUCGAAGAACAAAGUUGCCAUUAUGCUAUCCAAAUCCAUGAAAUUUGACGUCGAUCCACGCAAGCGUUCGAACCGGCCAGAGGUAGUUGACCUUCACUGGGACCGCCUGCAUAAUCCGGAGAACUGCUUCCACAUUGAACUGAGCUGGAUGAGCACGACCCCAAAAUUGAUUGAGGACACCGUCCUUUCUUGGGCCGCGACCGCCGAUAAAUUCGGGCUCAAACUGGUACAGGUACCUAUUGCCGAGGGCGCCGCCAUCGACAAGACGCAGCCAUUCCGAAAACCCUACAAGAUCACCCUCAAGGUGCCACCACCUAAAGGCCCACUUCACACAGUGUUCAACAAUGCGUCAUUCGCCCAGCCUGGCCCGCCCGACCGACUCUUCUACCAAAAGGCCAUCCUACGAAAAUUUGAUUUCGUCCUCGACUUCGAAGCCUGCACUGCAUUCCCAGCAGACGUUGAAGUGUCAUAUUCCUGGGGCAAGCCCGACUACAAGUACCCGCAAUUCAUCCACCGAACAGGAAGCAUCAUCGCCCAGAUUACCGACGAAGGCGACUUCCUCCUCCUCGCCAACCGGUUAGUGAGCACACGCGGCACCGCAAGCCGGGACGCAGGCCGCUUCGAGCACAACCGAUCCGACUUCCGCGGCCGAACAGCGAACCACGAUGGACUUGACCGCGUCUCGCCCCGCCUGUCUCCCAUCACCCGGCCAGCUCUUGACAUGAGCAGCAUCGGCAGCCCGCUCACUCUAUCCUCAUCCAGCAUUGAUUCUGCAAAUCUAUAUCGCGCCCCGGAGCACAUCUUGGCCGGCCUUGUUGAGUUCUGCAGUGAUGCAGCCCAGCUGGAGCAGUUCUACUCGGAAUCCCAUGUUCGUCCGUCAUCCACGAAGGUGGAGUCAACUACCACGCACGUAAUGGACGCGUCCAUUCCGUCUCUUGAGCUACCUGCCAGUGUCGUCCCUCAUCCCUACUCGCCGCCGGCGGGAUAUCCGUCGCGGAUUAGCAAUGAGUCGCGCGAGGGACUGAUGUCGUCGGAAGCUACGCGCGCUAGGACUCGGGCGGAAAGCCUCAGUUACAAUGCUAGUCCUAGAAGUGGUGGCCUACGACCCUUGAUGUAA